AUGUCUACGGAACAUGCAGAACUUUCCUUGGAGGCGCCAAUUUAUGAAGCUUUCCUCGCCAUUUCUCCAAAAUCUGUGCUUUCCUUCAUUAGCACAGCUCUCUCUGUUGUCCUUGUGUUCUUUUUGCUGCUUGUAUUCGCAGCUUAUCUUCUCACUGUUUCUCUUACUACUUCAUCCAAUGGGCCAUGGAAAACCAUGGAGAAAUUAAACAGCAAGGGAAAGGGAAGAGAGAGCGAUGUUAACCAUAGAAAAAAGAACAACUUUCUAUCAGCUAGAUACAGUAGGAGUGGCAAAGAGACAAGCCAACCAAAUAACCCUAACCAACAUGACAACUACAAAGCGGAUCACAGUUUUGACUCUUCCCCCAAUAAUCCAUGCGUAACUGACAGUUCAACUGGCCAUGGCUAUGGAAUUCGUAACUGCUUUAACAACAAUGGCGAUGGGGAGCAAAAUUACAGCUAUUGUAGGAUUAACAGUCUUGCAAGUAUAAAUUCCUACAACAAUAACGCAUUGGGUUUGCAAGAUCUGAGUCAUGCAAAGAUUUAUGCUUCUAGAACUGAAUCUGCCUUUAACAACAGCAGCUCAUGCUCACAAACUUUCAGGCGGGCAACGAUUGACAAUCGAGACGACUCUAACGAGCUCAACGCCAGGGACAACAGUGCUGCAAUUCGUGACAUCUUCACAAAUAAUGGAAAGAACGGAAUCCAAAACUUCGAUGAUUUCCACAUUUUCAGGGGGAAAGUAAUGGAUGAACACCAAAGUGGUAAUUGA